GUGAGGACCGUUUCCGGCGGGAGCCGCUGACUGCUGGAGCCGGAUGUUUACUUCCUGCUGCGAGGUUACCGCGGAUCCGUGACUAGCAGGUUGUAUGAAUUCACCAAUCUCCCCUCAGCCUGUGGAAGACACACAGGAUGCUACAUGGCAGGCUUUGCACAGCCUCCCUCGUGGUUUGGCCUUGGGUCCCUCUCUAUCACAGGAGGAGGGUCUGGGAUUGUGGUGUGUUGGCAAGCCUUUGCCCAGCGGUUCAUUCCUUCCACCCUACAGUCCUGGCUGUGAAGAUGGACUGUCUGUCAGUGAGGAAUUGUCCCCAGAGACUGGACUUAGGUGGUUGAGGUUUGUCAGGAGAAGUGCACAGCAAAUGAAUGUGAAAUUAUGCUGGCUCGGUGGAUGUCUCAGACUCCAGGUAAUCGUUCCUAUCCAGCAAGGCUCUGAAGUUCUCUUUCCGUUAGAGAAACACACAACCUUGGAGGAUACUGGAGAGAUGCUCCAGAAGAGAGCAGCGCCAUCCGUUCAGGAUUCACUAUGUAACUCCACUUCCAAACUCCAUCUGCAGUUAGUAGCAGAGGCAACCAAUGACGAACUGCUGCAUCACGCCAAAGAGAUUUUAGGGGAUAAAGAAUCACCUUAUAUAUCAUGGCAGCCUGAAGUAUCAGUUGGGACGCCACAGCUGAAGGGGCCUUUCUCAGCAGGGACACCUGAGUUGGAGACGGCCGUGUCCGCAGUCACAGCAGAACAAGAGGAAGAUGUGUCACCGCUCACUCCAAAGCCAGAGGGAGCCAAGUUGUCCAUCAGUGCCGGCCUUUCAGAAAAUGUCCUACCAAAAGCACCUACAGAGCAGACCAGCUCAACGCAGAUUGCUGGAACUACAAGCCAGGCUACAGAUUCUGCAGAUGAUGCUAACAAAGACACUGUGUAUGAGGAGAUAGCUACUGAGAACUCCCCAAAUACUUCUCCUUUGAUAGGUAUCCAACAGCUACAGGUGAAAUGUCAGGACUCCAGUGUUGCUGCAAAUGGACAUAGUGGAGGUUCUCCGAUAAAUAAUAUAGCCCAGAUACCAGGACAUCGGGAGAGAACCGAUCAUUUGCCAGGAGGAAAGAGUAAUCCCGGAGGUGACGGAACAAUUAUUGUAGAUACAAAGACAUUAAUUGACCAUGAAAGUAGGAAUAACCGAAGGGAAGCUGCCAGGAGGAGGCACUCUGUCACACCUAGGAAAAAGGCUGAUAACCAGGCUAAGGUUUCCACGCUGGGGAUCAGUGAACCAAAUAAUAACAAACCUGUAAAAAAGAAGAACAAGAAUAAGAGCACAAAAUUGAAAGGACCUUCAGAACGCAGAUUCAGUUGUCCAGAUUGCAACAAAAGCUUUUUCCAGCUGGGCCACCUAAAAAAACACAGCUUCAUCCAUAGCGGGCUGAAGCCAUUCCUGUGCACUGAGUGCGGGAAGACGUAUUGCUCGGAUCAGAGCUUCAAAGCCCACCUGCUAGGUCACCAAGGCCUACGUCCCUUUAAAUGUUCGCUUUGUGAUAAGGCUUAUGGCACGCAUCGGGAUCUGAAAGAGCACUCUGUGCUGCACACAGGACUACGGCCCUAUGCCUGUGAGGACUGCGGGAAGAGCUUCGCUCGUCGUCCAACCCUGCGCAUUCACCGCAAGAAUUACUGCACACCGGGUACUGGUAAAGUCAGACCGCCUCUCCACUGCCGUGUGUGCAAUAAGCAACUGGCUAACAGUUGCUCUCUGCGCAAUCACAUGCUUGUACACACAGAUGAAAAGCCAUACGCAUGUUCCCAUUGUGGCAGGGCUUUCCGCCACAAGGGGAAUUUAAACAGCCACCAGCGUCUUCACACCGGUGAGAGGCCUUAUAAAUGCCAGUACUGUGGAGAUGCCUUUCCACAGCACCCGGACCUAAAGCGCCAUCUAAUCAUGCACACGGGGGAAAUGCAUUUGUGUACUGUCUGUGGCAAAUCAUUAAAGGACCCUCAUACACUGCGCGCCCAUGAACGACUGCAUACUGGCGAACGGCCAUUCUUGUGCCAGUACUGCGGGAAAUCCUACCCAGUCGCCACCAAGCUCCGGCGCCACCUAAAAUCUCACCUGGAAAUGAGGCCAUUCCAAUGCCAUGUAUGCGGGAUCGGCUACACUAUGCAGCAUAGUCUGAAGCGCCAUCUGCGCAGCCACAGACACAGGAGGCAGGAUCCUGCGGAUAACGGUUUUGCUGCGGAAUCAGUGAUAGACCCUGGACCCGAGCACACACUUGUAUUGGUGGAGUUGAUGGAUACCAGCGAGGGUGCCGAGAACUCUGAAAGGAUAGUAAUUGCUAACUUCACCGGGAACUCGGAGCUGUGUGAAUUCCAGAGCCCUCAAACGCUGCUGCUCCCCUCGAACUCUGAGACACUAUCGGUACCAGCUGGACAUGAGCACGAGAAUGGGAUAAUCCUGCACAAAGAACAUGGUCCCAGGUUAUUACUGGUCCCCCAGGCCCUUGGGUUUAGCACGGUAGCUGAGGUGAUAGAAGUGGAAUAAGGAAUGUGGCAUUUGCCAUAAAAUAAAAAGUUUAAAUUCUG